AUGAAACUGAACAAUCUCUUUCUACUAAGCCUUAUCACCAAUGUUUUUGGUGCAGCAGUUGAGCUCGAUGAGCGCAAUGGCGGAGGCAUUGGUUUGACCAAUUUACCAUAUCCUUUGCCUUAUUAUGAGAAUCCCCUUCUCCCUGAUCCAUUCUCAUCUGCCCUUACAGGACGACGUGCCACCAACAAGCAACAGUUUGAAAGUUUGCAACAAGAGCAGUCGCUUCUCUUUGAGGCAACUGAACUUGGACCCAUGGCAGUUAAACCAGACAGACUCCAUGGAUCCCUUGAUAAUGACACUCUCAUUAUUACAGCAGAAGUAAAUGGCCGCAGUAUCACUUACAAUGCAACUAUCGUAUACCCUUCAGCAGGUAGGGCCCCAUAUCCUGCUAUGAUCGCCUACUCAGGAAUCAGUAUCCCUCAACCUGAUAACAUUGCUUUCAUUGUUUUUGAUAACAGUAACUUUGCCCAACAGAAUGCCAUGUACUCUGCCAGUGGCAUUGCCUAUGGUGGUGGUGAUGCCUUUACCACCACCCGUGGACAAGGUCAGUUCUAUGAUCUGUUUGGAGCUGCUCAUCCAUCUUCAGCUAUGAUGGCUUGGGCCUGGGGUGCAAGUCGUAUUGUCGAUGUUCUUGAACAACUUCCUCAAGCAAAGAUCAACCCGAAGAGAAUUGGUAUCACAGGAUGUAGUAGAGAUGGUAAGGGAGCACUUGUGGCUGGAGCUUAUGACGAUCGUUUUGUCUUGACAAUUCCCCAGGAAUCCGGUUCCGGUGGUGCUGCCUGUUGGAGAUUAUCUCAAUAUAAUCUCACUCACAAUGAUGUGGUCCAAACUGCCACUGAAAUAGUGCAAGAGAAUGUAUGGUUCUCCACUUCGUUUGAGAGAUACGCCAAUUACACUGACCAACUACCUCUUGACCACCACAUUCUUGCUGGUCUAGUUGCUCCACGUGGUCUUGCUAUUUUUGAGAACAUUGGAUACCCCUGGUUGGGUCCUUGGUCUGUUUAUGGAUGUAUGGUUGCAGCCCGUAACAUCUAUGAAGCUGUCGGUGCUACGUCAAACUUCGGCUUUUCUCAAGAUGGUCCCCACAACCAUUGCUCUUUCCCUACAGAUGAUCAAGGUGCCGAGCUCCAAGCCUUCUACAAUAAGUUCUUGCUUGAUGAGAAUGUCAACACCAAUGUUUUCAGGACAAAUGGUGGUUAUUCUCCCGACUUUAGUAGCUGGAUCAACUGGAAGACUCCUAGAUUAUUUUAA